GAGGCCUCAGAUGCUUUUGGCAGCUAGCUAGCGUGGAUAGAUCAGGACCAGGCAGGGAAGCAGACAUGACAGCCGUGGGGGAACUGAUGCUGCUGGUGCUGGGGCUGAUGGUGACGGCCCACUGUGAGGUUAGGGCUAGAGACCCCGAGGUGGAGGAAGAGGACCAAGGCUUGCCUGUGGAGAGAGGAGGCUGGGAUACCCAGGGGGUGGGUGUCCACCCCGGACCUGGGAAGUUUGACAUCCCCCACCUGAGGAAUGGACCCCAUGGCCGCAGACCUGAUAUCCCUGGCUCUGCCCACCACCCCGUAAGGCACGGACCACAUGGGCAACCCCAUCAGGCUGGUCCUGGACAACACCCCCUGGGUCUGCUGCCCAAGGAGACUGCACCAGCACCAGGAGAGGGAGGGAGCUACCCAGCCCGCACCGGAAACUGGUGUGCAUUCGUGCACCGCCGCAUUGAAUCCGUUGUUGAAUCCUGUGGCACAGAAAAAUACACCAUCAAGUCCCAGAGCCCCUGUCCCAAUGGCACGCCUGACUGCCAGCUCGUCAUGUACAAGCUCUCUACCCGGCCAGUGUACAGAGAGAAGCAAAAGAUCUUCACAGCCCUGUUGUGGAGGUGCUGCCCAGGACACGGAGGGGAGAACUGUGAGGAAACAGUGUCUGACCCUGCGGACCCUACGGUGGCAGGACGACCACAUUCCAGAGACACUGAGCCUCACCACACAGGUCUAGGUGCACAGUCUAGACUCACCCACCAGGCUGAGAGGGAGCAGAAUGACUUCCAGGUGUCUGAGAAUCCUCUGUACGAACUCCAUGCCUCAGAGGCUGACAACAACAACAAACACACAGAGUCCCGAGAGUCCCCCUCAUACCCUCGACAGGCCCAGGAGCACAUCCCUCACCAUGGCUACGACCACCCCCACAACCCUAACCACCACCAGCAGGAUUUCAACCAUGGAGAACCAAUCAGGGAUGAGGUGGAAGCUGUCCCUCUACUGCCCUACCAAGACUCCCAGUCUCCCCUCCCUCUACUCCACAUGAUGGCCCUGCUAAUGUCCCAGCUCCAGCCCAUGUUGGAUGGCUACAACCGCACCUUGGAGCACCUAACCCAGGAGGUUGAAGGUCUGUCCCGGGAUGUGGCUCUGCUCCAGAACUCUCAGUGGGAGGUAGAGGAGGCAGCCCUGCGUGGAGCAGGGGCUGGAGAGGGUCCCGAGGCCUUGGAGGCUAAGCUGGAGCAGAGUUUCCAAGACACCAAGGAGGUGAGGAGGGAACUGGAGAGACAGAGAGCUGAGAUGGCAGACAGGCUACACUCCCAGCAUGCCAUGCUGCACUAUAACAUCACCAACUUCAAGACAGACAUUGACGGCAAGAUCAAACGCAACCACAAGAUGUUACAGGUUAAUCUCCAGUCCAUGAAUGCCACCCUGUCAGACAUGAAGCUGGAGCAGGACCGUCUGAGUGAAGUGCUCCAGAGGCACCUGACCAACCCAGGGGCCAGGAGAGAACCCAGCCAGGUCCAUCCCAGUCAGGCCCAGCAGCCUCCAAAGGACUCCGCAGUGUGGGAGGCUAUCGCCCGUCUGGACAACAAGGUGGUCAACAACACAGUGAGGGUAAAUGCCCUGGUGGAAGACCUAGAGAUGGCCAAUGACAACGUCCUGGACCUGAAGAGGGGCUUCCGAGACCUUGAGGAGAACAUUGCCCAGACGGGGAGGAACAGCCAGAUCCAGUUCAUGGAGACGGGCCUGGAGGUGGAAGCGGCUAAAGUAGCCGUGCUGAACCGCGUCAAUGAACUGGCCAGCAACCUGACCAUCCACUCGGAGCAGCUGCAGGAGAUGGAGACUGACAUGGACUACCUGUACACACAAUUCUACCAGAACGUCAGCGCUGCCAGAGACUGUGACUGCCAGGCAUUCACCGCCUCCUUCUCCCGUCUGGAGCAGGGCCUGACCAACGUCACCGAGCUGGCCAACGACAAUCGGCUGGCCCUGGAUGGAAGCAUCGAUGCUGGGUCUGAGCACUGGGGUCCCUCUGUGGAUGACGUCAUGGCCUCCCUGGCCUUCGAGCAAGAGAAGAGCAGAACUCUCCAAAACAACCUGACUCAGCUGAUGACCUCAGUCCUGGGCAGCCACAGGGACGUGCUCAGCCUGCAGGAGAGUGACAAGAGGUUGGAGGCUGAGAUGCGCCACCUCUCCAGCUCCUUUUACUCUUUGUUGAAGGACGCCAUCCGCCACACUGAAGUGCUGGAGAUGCUCCUGGGGGAGGAGGUGAUGGGGUUCAUGGACUGGCCCCUCCACAAACAGGAGGCUCACUCCAUCCCAGCGCUGCAGAAGAGGCUCCAGCACAUGCAGCAUCAGAUCAAGGGCCAGAACCUCAGCCUCACCACCCUGCUGGAGGCUGUCCGGGCAGAGGAAGUCCCAUCCUCAGAUGAGCCCUCCGUGCUAGUAGACUUGGCCUCCCGCGGGCUGAAGAGGAGGAGUGGAGACCAGAGGAGUGACCACCUCAUGGACUCAGCAGCCUCUGAGGACCGGCAAGACUACUCGGACAGUGACCUGCGUAGCCUUGAGAAAGCAGUGGAGGAGCUGGGGGAGAAGGUCAACAGGCUGGAGUACAGGCCUUGCCCUGCCAGCUGCAACAUCACCAAAGACAGCACCUCUGGUGGUGUGGAGGCCAAAAUGCAGGUGGAGGUGGCCUGGCUGAGGAAGGGUCUAGAGAAUCAUCUGCAGCUCUUUAAGAAUGUCUUCAGUAACUCAGAGGGGCUGGCCGAAUCAGAGAGCACCCUGGACCUGGACCAGCUGUGGGCCCUGAUGAAGAGGAAGGAAAGGAAGAGAGAGAGGAAGCGCAAGGACAAGAAAGAGGGGAUAAAAGAUCAUAUUGGAGAGCGCGCUAACCUUCGCAGCAGGAGGGAUACAUCAGUUCUAUCCAAGCUGAGGGACAGUCCCCUGAUGUUUUUGGCCAGAAGCAUACAGCGCAGCAGACCAAGUGACAGCCUGCUGGUGUCGGGGGACACAUACCUAAACCUCGGCCAGAUGUACUCCACUCACACUGGGAUGUUCCAAGCACCUUUAGCAGGGGUCUACCUCUUCGUGCUGACAUUGAACUUUGAACCUGGCCUCUCGCUGUCUGGGCUGAGGAGAGAGAAUGGGGAGCUGGCUGCCACUCUGCAUCAGGACAAGAUGGCAUCGUAUGGCCCCGUCACCCGUGUGUGUCUCCUACAGCUGCGGCAAGGAGAGGAGCUCCGCCUCGAACUGUUGGGAGGGACUCUGGUGACUGAUGACCCUAAGGACAACGUCUUCGCUGGGCUUCUCCUUCAUCACACCACCUGAGGGAGCUGUGGCCGGUCUGCAGUCAGAGGAGAGACGUUGGACUGAGCGAAAUCAAAAUCACUAGACUAACAGCUGCUAUGCCACCCGUGUUUCGAUCUCUUACAUUGAUACUGGGAGGAGCGUAUAUAAAAAGGUUGAGUGAGUAUAAACAUGUUUCCUGUGUCAUACAGUAUACCACUUAAAAGCGUUGCAAUACAACUUCCCUGUUGUAGGCUGUUAUAAGGGGAACGGGAGCAUGAGCAUUCUGGACCAUAAAACCAUAUUCUAUAGAAAACACUGACUCAGAAUAGAAGGUGGGCUCUUUAAGAUAUCACAUGCUACCAUAAGUGUGCCUUCAGUGUUUUAUGACUGCAACAUUGCUUAUACAUGUAUGAGGACCCAGGUAUAGAAAAAAACAUUUUCUACAAGACACUGGCUCCAUACAGACUACAGUGAACAUAAAUCAAUUAAGUGAAGGGACAGAGGAAUUGAUUGUGUGAAGAGGUGAACUCUAUAUUACAGUACAUCAAUAUGCUGUAUGUUUCUCCUCCAGUAGACGGACGUGCUAGACAUCUUACUAGGUUAAGCCUCAUCAAAAAGAAAGCGUAAAUAACCCAAGGCCAGACCACAAAGUUGUGUACUAAAAUAAGGUUAUUUACUUAAAAAUGGAUACAUUGGACAGGCUGUAUAGAGAAUAGUUUUCUUUCCUUGGUAAACUCAAAGGCCCGAUGCAAAAACACAUUAAAGAUUUACACAUUAAGAGAUUAUUCUAGAUGGUUUUCUUGCAUGUUACAAACGACAGGAAAACACUAGUUACUGCUUGGGUGAAGUAUUUUUCUUAAAUAUCUACCAUGUACUGUUAGCUUAAUUCACAGAGAAACUGUCCUGACACACACACACACACACACACACACACACUAGGAUUUCAGCGGACAUGCACACUUAAACAUAAGCACACAUUGAGCGCAAACUGACAAGCACUGCUAAAGCUAUGCAGCAUAUAUGUUGUUUUACGCAUUUGUAUGGACAAAAGUGAAGCAAAAGCCAACAUUAGAUAGAAGAGACAGCAGACACAAUAGGACCAGGGACUUGAAAGAGAAUGUUUUAAGAACACACUGGCCAAAACAUAGAGCCUAUGCAAGAGGUUGAACCAUAACUUAUCAGGGGCACAAUCUCUGACGAGGCUUCCUCGUCAUCAUCACACCGGCAAGAGGUAAGGACAGUGGUUCAGAUGAGGGGACAUUAAGUUCUCACUUCAUAUUUCUCCUUUCUGUCCUGUAUGAAAAGUGAAAGAUCUAAAAAUGCAGUUCCUCUUGUGGUAAAUGGUAAUCAAUGGGCUGGCUCUACCCUCUGCACUGGCCCACAGAUAACGGCACUAAGGAAACCUGUGGAUUUGUAUAUACAGUUGAAGUCGGAGGUUUACAUACACUUAGGUUUACAGACAGAUUAUUUCAUUUAGAAUUCACUGUAUCACAAUUCAAGUGGGUCAGAAGUUUACAUACACCAAGUUAACUGUUCCUUUAAACAGCUUGGAAAAUUCCAGAAAAUGUCAUGGCUUUAGAAGCUUCUGAUAGGCUAAUUGGCAUCAUUUGGAGGUGUGUCUGUGGAUGUAUUUUAAAAACUACCUUCAAACUCAGUGCUUCUUUGCUUAACAUCAUGGGAAAUUAAAAGAAAUCAGCCAAGACCUCAGAAAAAGAAUUGUAGACCUCCACAAGUCUGGUUUAUCCUUGGGAGCAAUUUCCAUUUGCCUGAAGGUACCAUGUUCAUCUGUACAAACAAUAGUACGCAGGUAUAAACACCAUGGGACCACGCAGCCGUCAUACCGCUCAGGAAGGAGACGCGUUCUGUCUCCUAGAGAUGAACGUACUUUGUCGUGAAAAGUGCAAAUCAAUCCCAGAACAGCAGCAAAGGACCUAGUAAAGACGCCGGAGGAAAUGGGUACAAAAGUAUCUAUAUCCACAGUAAAACGAGUCCUAUAUCGACAUAACCUGAAAGGCCGCUCAGCAAGGAAGAAGCCACUGCUCCAAAACCGCCAUAAAAAAGACAGACUAUGGUUUGCAACUGCACACGCGGACAAAGAUUAUACUUUUUGGAGAAAUGUCCUCUGGUCUGAUGAAACAAAAAUAGAACUGAUUGGCCAUAAUGACCAUCAUUAUGUUUGGAGGAAAAAGGGGAAGGCUUGCAAGCCGAAGAACACCGUCCCAACCGUAACGCACGGGGGUGGCAGCAUCAUGUUGGGGGAGUGCUUUUCUGCAGGAGGGACUGGUGCACUUCACAAAAUAGAUGGCAUCAUGAGGAUGGAAAAUUAUGUUGAUAUAUUGUAGCAACAUCUCAAGACAUUAAUCCAGAAGUUAAAGCAUGUUCGCAAAUGGGUCUUCCAAAUGGCCAAUGACCCCAAGCAUACUUCCAAAGUUGUGGCAAAAUGGCUUAAGGACAACAAAGUCAAGGUAUUGGAGUGGCCAUCACAAAGCCCUGACCUCAAUCCCAUAGAAAAUUUGUGGGCAGAACUGAAAAAGCAUGUGCGAGCAAGGAGGCCAACAAACCUGACUCAGUUACACCAGCUCUGUCAGAAGGAAUGGGCCAAAAUUCACCCAACUUAUUGUGGGAAGCUUGUGGAAGGCUACCUGAAACAUUUGACCCAAGUUAAACAAUUUAAAGGCAAUGCUACCAAAUACUAAUUGAGUGCAUGUAAACUUCUGACCCACUGGGAAUGUGAUGAAAGAAAUAAAAGCUGAAAUAAAUCUGACAUUUCACAUUCUUAAAAUAAAGUGGUGAUCCUAACUGACCUAAGACAGGGACUUUUUUACAUGGAUUAAAUGUCAGGAAUUGUGAAAAACUGAGUUUAAAUGCAUUUGGCUACGGUGUAUGUAAACUGCCGACUUCAACUGUACUCGCAUGUGUCUCGAAACAGUCUAAAUUCGGUGUCACGAUCUACUGCAAGUUCACUUUACUUGGCUGUAAUUCUGUCUCACACACCUGAGGAAGCUUGAUGGAUCAACAAACUUCAUUGGCAUUACAGCUCUAAAUGUUUUUAGCACAAGUAACUGUCAUUUACCAUAGCAUUGAGUAAGCUAUAUAUUUGUACUUUAAGUUAAUAAAAUAUGGCAUAUUUUCCAAA